UGCGUCUACAUCUGUUCGGCGAUUUGGUGUUUCGUGAAUCAUUUCACUGGAUAAAAGAAGUAAAAAACAUUUCUGUGAAUAAAAUACCAUUCAGCAUGGCUAAAAAUACCUCAAGUAAUGCAUUCCGGAAAAUUGACGUAGAUCAGUACAACGAAGAUAAUUUUCGGGAAGACGACGGCGUCGACAGCGCUGCUGUUGGCCCAGAUGAGAACGAAAUCACUUCGCUGCUAACAAAAGGCAAAGGUGUCGAGGCGCUGCUCAGUGCUCUCCAGAAUGCGCCCCUACGUUGUAAAAACCAAAACGUUAAGGACAACGCCCUGAACAUAACGUUGCGCGUGCUGUUAUCAAUCAAGUCAACGCAAAUCGAUCAAGCUAUCGAUUCGGUGGAGGAGAACGAUCUGAUCGACGUACUAAUGAAAUAUAUAUAUCGAGGAUUUGAGACACCAUCCGAGGGCUCCAGCGGGCAUCUGCUGCAGUGGCACGAGAAGGCGUUUGCCAAAGGCGGCGUUGGCUGCAUUGUACGUGUGCUAUCCGAUACCAACCGUGCUUAAAGGAAACAUUGUUACAGGGACAAACAGCCGCAAAUAUAUAAAUUAGUCAUAAAUGUUGUAGUUUCUACCAAGGAAAUUUCACUUGAGAAGCCGUUGUAAACACCCGAGCCGGAGCCCGAGCGCUAGUUUGAUUUUGCCACAAUUAUAAAGACAAAAGUUUUCCAAAUUAGAUUUUA